AUGGCGAAGAUUAUCAGUGAAUUGGAGUUGGAGAAAGCUGUGGAUGCAUUGACGCGUGGGAAUUUGGUGGCCUUCCCAACGGAGACGGUGUACGGUUUGGGUGGCAAUGCCCUUAAUGAAGAAGCAGUAAAGAAGAUUUUUGCGGCGAAGGGGCGCCCGUUGACCGAUCCCUUGAUUUGCCACGUUUCAGAUGUGGAGAAGGCGGUGGCGAUGUGGGACGUGCGCGCGGAUCCAGCGGCGGUGAAAUUGGCCAGGGCUUUGGGAACGGCACUUUGGCCGGGGCCUUUAACCAUUGUGCUGAAGGCGGACCCUUCCUUGCCGCAUUCGGUAACGGGAGGAUCUGGAUUUGUAGGCGCGCGAAUUCCACGCCACCCCGUAGCCCUAAAGCUGCUGCAGCUCGUGGAUUUUCCUCUGGCGGGUCCCAGCGCGAACACAUUUGGUCACGUUAGCCCCACAACAGCGGCGCAUGUGCUCGAGGACCUGGGCCCGAAGGAUCCCUCGCUGUUGGUUAUUGACGGUGGACAGUGUGACAUUGGCAUUGAGUCCACCGUGGUAAAGGUGAACAGUGUGGAGAAUGUUGAAAUUCUUCGCCGAGGCGGGGUUUCACUCACGGAUGUGCAACGCGCGCUUGAAGGUAAGUUUCACCCGCUCCUUACGAUUCGCGACACACGCUCGCGCCACGGCGCUCCUGAAAAGGCGAUGGAUGGGCCGGGUCAGCUACUCACGCACUACUCACCCAACGUGCCGUCAAGGCUGCUAACGCCGAGUAGUUUUGCUGCCAAUGCGCCUGCGCAACCGGCGGGGGUGGUGGUGGAGUUUUCCUCAUCUGCUGCUGGAGCCGCAUUGACGGAGGUUGCGCUACGGCAGACGGUAGUCAUUGACUUUGGGGGCCACCUCCAGCCCCUUCAGGCGGGGUGCCUGGCGUAUCGCGACCUCAGCGCGAAGGCGCAGGUGCGAGAGGCAUGUUUCGCCGUGUUUGAUGCGCUGCGGUGGACGGAGACUAUUCCUGGGGCGAAGCUGGUGCUUUUCCCACUCGUAUCCGAGUGGCCGCAUGCCGCGGUGGACGCGGAGCUCCUCGACGCCGUGGAGGACCGCCUGUUCCGCGCCGCCUCUGGUCAGGUCGCACACAUCCGCACGCAGUGA